AUGAUGCUUAAUAAGAUCAUGGUUUUCCUAAUUCUCUGUAUGGUCAUACCAAUUGUAGUCGGAACUUUUCCAGGAAAGAGCAAACCUUCCGAUUUCCAUGAGCAGGAAAUCGAACUACGGUUGAAACAACUCAACAAACCGGCCAUUAAAUCCAUCCAUAGUCCAGAUGGAGAUAUAAUUGAUUGUGUAUGGAUCUACGACCAACCAGCUUUUGAUCAUCCUUUAUUCAAAAACCACACCAUUCAGAGGAGGCCAAGAAGUAACUCGAUAAGGGACAAAACAGGAGGUAAUAAGACAUACAUUAUACACCAAUUGUGGCGAACAAAAGGUGAAUGUCCUGAGAACACUAUUCCCAUCAGAAGAACAACAAGAGAUGAUCUUAUCAGAUCAGGUUCCAUCAAAAAGUAUGGAAGAAAGAGUCCACCACCAACUAUUUAUCAUACUGAAGGUGCUCAGACCGAGGAAGUUCAUGAGCAUACGUGUGUGUACGUGGACUAUGGUCAGUUCCAUGGCAGCAAGAGCCGUAUAAGUAUAUGGAAACCAAAUGUUCUAAGGACAAGAGAGUUUAGUUUGGCUCAAACAUGGGUUGUUAAUGGAGAUUGGGACACUGGUUUGAACACUUUGGAGUCUGGUUGGCAGAUCUUGCAUGCUUUGUAUGGUGACAAAAACCCAAGACUUUUCGCUUAUUGGACGGGCGAUACAUACCGAGAAACCGGAUGUUACAAUCUUGACUGUCCAGGCUUUGUUCAAGUAAGCAGACACAUCUCCCUUGGUGCAGCUCUCAACACUUUCUCAACUUACAACGGUGAACAAUACGACUUCCUUCUAACCAUUGAGAAGGAUCAAAAAACUGGACUUUGGUGGUUGAAGUUUGAGACAUAUCUAAUCGGAUACUGGCCAAGCUUUAUAGUCCCCAAGCUAGCAGCCUCGGCACGAAAGAUCGCAUGGGGAGGUGAGAUUGUGUAUUACACUAGUGGCCGGGGGACACAUACGCUUACGCAAAUGGGGAGUGGCCAUUUUGCAGAGAAAGGGUUUAGGAAGGCUGCUUACUUCAAUAGCUUAGAGUACAUAGAUACUUCUAACUAUCCGAUUACACCCUCUCCACAAAAUCUUGAAGCUACUGUGACUCGGCCUGAAUGCUAUAACCUUCAAGUUGGCUCUAGCCAGAGGUGGGGAACUUACUUUUUCUAUGGUGGACCUGGUCGCAAUCCUCAUUUUUUCAUUCCAACAAAGUGGUAUCAGAGCUACAAGUUCCUUUUGAAGAUGGCAAACAAUGGUGUUCCCUUCCAAGUUCCAUUGCUCACUAAGAGCAACUAUGACAAUUGGAGUCUUAGGAUGAUGGCUAUCCUAGGAGCACAUGAUGUGUGUGAGAUAGUCGAAAAAGGCUUCAAUGAACCGGAGAAUGAUGGUGGUCUUUCUCAAACUCAAAAGGAUGGUUUGAGAGAUUCAAGGAAGAGAGACAAGAAGGCUCUCUGUCUAAUCUAUCAGAGGUUAGAUGAAGAUACAUUUGAGAAGGUUGCUGGUGCAAGGACGUCCAAAGAAGCAUGGGAGAAGCUUCAGACAUCUUACAAGGGAGCGGAACAAGUUAAGAAGGUACGUCUUCAAACUCUAAGAGCAGAAUUUGAAGCAUUGCAAAUGAAGGAAGGAGAACUCAUCUCAGAUUACUUCUCAAGAGUCUUGACUGUUACUAAUAACCUAAAAAGAAAUGGUGAGAAGUUAGAUGAUGUAAGAAUCAUGGAGAAAGUUCUUAGAUCAUUGGAUUCAAAAUUCGAGCAUAUUGUCACCGUGACUGAAGAGACAAAGGAUUUGGAGACUAUGACGAUGGAGAAAAUUCUUGGAUCACUACAAGCUUAUGAAGAAAAGAAGAAGAAGAAAGAAGAUAUUGUGGAGCAAGUUCUCAAGAUGAGAAUUGAUCACAAGGAAGAAAGUCGCCGAAGCAAUCUAAGACGUGGUGGCGGUCAUUUCCGAAGACGAGGUUGUGGUGUAAAUGGACGAGGUUGGAGACCAUAUGAAGACAACUUCAACCAAAGAGGAGAUAAUUCAUCAAGAGGUCGUGGAAGAGGAAACCCAAAAUCAAGGUACGAUAAAUCAAGCAUCAAAUGCUAUAGUUGUGGGAAAUUUGGACAUUAUGCUUCUGAGUGCAAAACUCCAAACAACAAUAGAGUUGAAGAGAAGUCCAACUAUGUUGAAGAAAUGAGUAAAGAAAAAGAUAUGCUAUUGAUGGCUUACAAGAAGGAUGAACCAAAUGAGGUUCACAAGUGGUACCUUGAUAGUGGUGCAAGCAACCAUAUGUGUGGGAAUAAAAGCAUGUUCGUGGAGCUCGAUGAAUUAGUAAAAACCAAUGUGGCUUUGGGAGAUGAAUCGAAGAUGGAGGUGAAAGGUAAAGGAAAUAUUCUCAUCUGCUUGAAGAAUGGAGAUCAUCAAUUCAUUUCGAAUGUUUACUACAUUUCAAGCAUGAAGACCAACAUCUUGAGCCUAGGACAACUCAUAGAGAAAGGUUAUGACAUUCGACUAAAAGAUAAAAGCCUUUCCUUAAGAGAUAAUGCAAAUAAUCUCAUCACAAAGGUGACAAUGUCAAGCAAUAGAAUGUUUGUCCUAAACAUUCAAAAUGACAUUGCACGAUGUCUCAAGAAGUGCUACAAGGAGGAAUCUUGGCUUUGGCAU